GUGUGGGGUGAUUAGGCUAAUGUAAAGAUGACGGACUACAGUUAAGACUAUCAGCGUUAAAAUGGCUCCUAAACCAAGUAUUUCUUUCCUUCUCAGUGGCUACAGGAUGUCCAAUAUAGUGAUUGAAGAUAUUCACGCUUGUCAGUGUUAUAAUAAGGUGAAAUAUUAUCAAUUUUGGCACAAGAACUGUGAGGAGUGUGGUGCAAGAGGAAGGGAGGAGAUUAAUAUAAUAUUUUCUCGUGAGUGUGACGGCUGGCCUCCUCAACCUACCACUAAUAUCAUUAAAACGGGAACUGCAAGUCAAGAUGAGUAUGUGGAUGGGGUCGCAGGCUGGUGGUUGGCCAGGAAGCACCAGGAUGAACUAUCACAGCAAAGUUCCCAUUGUGCCACAGGUUAAGUUACAACUUGAUGUUCAUCCCCCAGUAUUGGACACAGGUCAGAAGCAAAUGCCAACAAAGACCUUUGGUGGAGGAAUAGGAAAGCAAAUACAAGGGGGAAGUGGUGGUCAGUUCUGGAAGUCUUUCCGCACCAUGUAUGAAUCCCUGUGUUCCGGGACCCCUUUGACCUGGGUCAACCCAGAUGCAGUUGGUCAACAACAUCCUCCAUAUCAACUUUAUCCUCAGGUCCAGUACCAGUGCAAUGUGCAACCAGACAUCAUGUAUGAGGACAGUAGUGGCCUGUGGUACCCAGCACCGCCUGCAGGUUCACGGAUAGAUUACAUGGACCCUCUCAUUAUCUGGCAAGAGAGCCCUUGUCCUCUGUUCAACUUUCUACCUGAGUUUAAUGGCACACAACUGCCACAAAAGGUAGAAGAUAAAAAAGUGUGUCGGCCCCUGAACCCAGAGGCCAAGGAGUGGAUACCCAAAGAGUACAUUAAGGACUGUGAAGCAUCAACCUCUUCCCCUAGAAAAGAAACCUCAGAUGCAGAUUGUUUUGAGACUAAAUUGCCUUAUAUUCCAAAUGGACUGCAGUACCCUGCUAAUGAAGACGGGUUGUCUGAUUUCUGUGAGAUCACAGACACUGAAGUUUAUGCUGUCCGAAUAGGUGAAAGUGACAGUUUUAACAGUGUUCCAAAGGGAAGGGUGCCUCAGGUUACGAAGAAAAAACUAGGGGCAGAGAAGGAGGGAUUUAAAGAAAAGACAGUCGCUAUCCCUGUUCCUUCAGUAAUAAAAGAUGUACCUCCAGCUGAGGAUCCAUCCUCUUAUGGCUGUAGGGAUGUAGAGAUUCAUGUCUGUGAUAAUUUAGUUAAGGAUAAUAGACCUUCAAGCUAUGCUAGUAUUGUUGGUGGAACUGCAGCCUCACCAACACCCCAAACACAUGUGUGUGGACAUUCAUUUGAGAAGAACUCAGCCAGCAGAAUCAGUAGAGCAGCCUAUACCUAAGAUCUUUUUGAAAGACAAGAAAUACCCCAAAGAAAAGGCUGCACCCUGUGUUGAUGAAAAAAAUAUCUCUCCAUUUAAAACUGCGACAAAAAAUCAAAAGAGAUGUAGUAGAAAUUUUUUGAGAGAAUUAAAAGAACUAAGUCCAAUCAGAAUUCAAGACAAAGAGUCCAUGGGCAGUGAACCUAGCUUGGGAUCACCCAACCCUGAACAUUCAUCACCUCCAAAAAUUUAUUCUACAAGGUCACCAUUGUUGAUGGACUCUCCACCAAAGGCUUCUCACAAGGGUAAUCCUCCAUGUCCUUUUGGUUCACCUCUACCAACCAACUUAAAGGCACAACGCUCUAUAAGUGAGAGCAGUUCAGGCAGCUCCCGUGUUCGGACUGCAAGUGAAUCGAGUAUCACCAGUGUAGAAAGUGUAGAUAUUGAAUUUGUAAGUGAAGAUGAAGUGGACAGAAAAUGUACUGGACUUAAUGGGAAUGUCUUAGCAGAAAAUAGUGAACCCAAUUGUGUUGCAAGUCCAAAGUAUUCCAAUAGUGUUCUUGCUCUUAUUCUUGGCUGUGAUGAUUCAGAGAGUGAAGAAUCUGAUGAUGAGUUAGAGGAUUCAGAUAGUGACUGGGAUGAUGUGUGUGUGGAUAGUGCUGAUAACAUUAUCCUUGAUGAUACCUGGGAAACAUUUGGACUAGGUCUCACAAUUUCAGAAGCUGGAAAAACACAAAAAUCAAAUGCAGCCUCUGAGCUAGAAUGUACCAUUCGUUCUCCUGUAAAGCCAAUCUGUGAUACUGCAAAUGAAGAGGAUCCUACAUUUACAGGAGUUACUUUAGAAGACAUUAACAAAAGAUGGGAGGAGGAAAUAGAGAAAGAUGUUUUGGGUACUAGUUCGAGGAAGGUGAACUUUGGAGAAGCUAUUGUUCACCCCAUGAUUGUCUGGUCCUAUGCAUACAAAACAUCAAGAAUGGGACCUUGGGAAAUGUAUGCCCGUGAUAGAAUGCGUUUCAGCCAUCGCAUUGCAGCCCUGGAAUCAGUGAUUUCUCCUGUAUUGCAGGCAGACCACAGAGAGGCAUUUUACCAGAAGCAGCGAGGCCUGGCAUGUUGCCUCAGCUAACAGUACCUUAUAUCUAGUCCAAACAGAUAUUUAGAUUAUUCUUUGUUAGGGAAAUGAGGAUGGAGUUUUGGACUGGCAAAGUUUGAUAGUUACUGAUUUUAUUCAGGAAAAGUAGUACAAGACAAAUAACUGAUAAACUAACUCAGUUGAAUUGAGAGGAUUUUGUUAAUGCUACCUGGUAUUAACUAGUUUACAACAUGUUUUUUGUAGAUGUGGUUGGUAAUUAUUUUAAUGAUGAAAAUAAUAGUUGGAGUCUUUCAAGUUCACAUGAGACAGAACAUACAAAUUUAUGAUGUAAUAUGUGUAGGUGUUCCCAUGGUUACAGCUGUGUUAUCAGGGAAAUCAACAGUUAUCUUAUUUUUACUGCCUGUAUCUGUUGGAGUUGCUGUGUAUGGGUGAUCAUGUGUCUGGUUUUCAGUUUCAUCUGCAGUUUAAACAGAAGCUGAUUUAUACUUUAAAAGGUUUUUUUAGUCGAAACUAUUUUGAUAAUUAUUAUUUCUCUUUUUUUGCAAAUGAAACUUCUAGACAAAUUCUCCCACUCAGGUUGGGAUAUAAUGACUACCGAGUAUAUUUUAAAGGUAUUCACAUGAAACAACCUCAUUAUAAGAUCCCAAAGGUUACCUGCAGGAUUGUAUUACUAAUUUUGAGAAUUUAGAGCAUUUAACCCUCUAAUUCUCCUGGCCAUGAUCGGAAACCUCACCCCCUUUCAGUCUUUCAACGCAGGUUGUGUCGGUAACAGGAAUGGUUUUGCAUUUUAAUAAACAUUAGGUAGAGCGAUCCAGACCCAAAUUGUACCCUUAAGAGAUGCAUCUACCAGCCCACAAGGCCAGUGGGAGGAACUUAGGUGGUUAAGAGGGCUGGUCCACUGUUCCAGCAUUUAUGCUUAAGGGGGAGGGGGGGUUCUCGGUGUGAGAUUAUGGCUGGGUGGGCCAUGUCGGGCCAGCCCUGGCACACACUACAUCGGAAGACCAUGAAAGGGUUAAGUGUCUGAGGAUACAGAGCGAAAGCUAUUUAUUGAUUAUAAUUUUGGCAUGAAGUGUAGUAUUUUGUCUGUUGAUGUACCCAGGAUAUAUUUGUUAUAUUGUAUGAGUGAUUGUGUUGCUGAUCUGGAGUAGAAGUUUUGAUUGAAUAAUGAAAAUUGGGUUUUGAUGUGUUCGAUCAGUCAUUCUUCAAGAGAUUUAUUAUGAAUUAUCAUUCACUUCCUCAUUUUAAUUUAGAACACUGAAACUUGAUAAUGAUAUUGAAGUAUCCAUCCGAGUAACGUUAAAACCCACGUUUGAUGUGUAAUAUUUUGGCAGUGUCAUGGCAAACCUAUGUAUAUGGACAGAUUUUUAACAGGAUUUAGAUGCACUGUACAGAUAUAUGUUCUAAAGAGGUAGGGGUGAAUGUAAUAAAACUAGUGAAUCAUUUAAUUAUUAGUUGAAAAGGAGCUAGAAAUUUAAAAUGCAUUAGGCCUCCAACCUAGAAGUUUGACAGUGUAAUAAUGGGUUUUCUAUUACUGUAUUCGUCAAAGAUUAAAUCAAUACUUCAGUUAACUUUCCCAUACCUGAGUGGAGCUCUUGUUGUAUGUCAUUUGUCAAAAUGACUCAUUUGCUUUCAGUUAGCAUUGUAUUAAUUCAGAGACAUUUUUAUUAGGUUAUACAGUAUAUAUAUGGUAUACCCUAUAUGAAGGUGUGCUUGGUAUCUUUAUCAUUGUAUGGCUGCAAAUGAUUAUGUUAUUGAGAUUUAUUUAUGUUAAUGCAUUGGAGUACAUCAGUUAGACUUUUACUUAUUUAUUUUAACAAUUUAUUAAUUUUAUCAGGUGCAGCAAUUUUAAUGAAAACUGCAGCGUCCACUGUAUUUGCAAGACAUUCAUUUCCUUGAUCUUUGUUUUUGUGAGAAGUUAUAUUUGUAAAGCUAUAUUUACUUUAAAUUAUUAUUUGGUGGAAAAGGGUGAAUGAUUAAAUUUGUCAUGUAUGAAACCAUUCAUGUGGGGGUAGUUUUGUUAAGUUCAUUGAAUGUUGAAAAUGGUAGUUGUUACUUGUCAAGAAGACCCUGGGUAGUAUUACACUGUGGGAGGCUCACUUCAUAAGCAUCUUUGAUGGCAAGCUAAACAAGUCCCAGUCUUCACCUAACUUUUAUCAUAGGAGCCACUAGGACUGGGACUCACAUGAUCAGUUAUUGUGCAGUCCAAAAAUUAUUGGGAAUCUGGAUUCAAUAUAGUUAUUAAACUGAUUUAGACCUUUUGUUUACUUAAUUGAAAUGAUAACAGAUUUGGCUUUUUGAGAAUUUGGAACAAUGCGAGGGAAUAUAUCUCGUGGUGCUCUUUGAAGGUGGACUCCUCUCAGGGUAAACUCUUGGCCUUGGUCCAUUCUCCAUCCUCAUGUGGGUUAAGUGAAGUUUUAUCACAAUGUUUCCACUGUAUUUAUGCUCUCAGGAAAACUACAACCUUUGGAUAAGAGAGUAAAUAAAACAUUUUAUAUAUGAAAGUAUUUGACCGAAUAUUGGUAUUUGUUAAUAAAAUUUAGACAUCUUU